GAACAUCUCCGUAAAAGCAUCAUCACACACAUCAGAGAGUCAAGUUAAACUAAAAUGGGUCAAAAAGAAAUUGAAGGCAGGCACGGGAAGGAAGAUAAAAACGCCAAGAGGAAGACUAAGCGGCGACCACCUCGAUUAACCGGAGUCAGUAAACAACGUAAAAUGGCAAACGAACGAGAGAGACGAAGAGUACACGCUUUAAAUUCACAUAUUGAAAACCUCCGGGAGUUAAUUCCACUCUCGCCAUUUGAGAAACGGCCGACCAAGACUGAAGUGAUUUGGAUGGCAGCAACUUAUAUCAGAUUUCUCACUGAUCUGCUAGAAAAACUGAAGACCGACAAAACUGUUGAAAAUACAUGCAACGACUCUGAUGAAAUUCCUCAAAAUUUGGACCUCACGUUUGUAGACAUGGCAGUGACCGAUAUCUUUGGCCUUAACGAUUGUUCGGCAGCAUCUGAGCUGAAUCUGGACGCAUAUGAACUUUUAUUCCUCACAGACUCCGAGGGAUCCUUAGACGAAAAUUGACUUUCGCUGGAUCAGUAUUUAAAUUUUCAUCACAUGAUUCCAUGUUGUACCUGUUGAUGUCCGUGUAAAACAGACGAUUUAAUCAUCAUUACACUAAUGGCACAUUUUUUCAUAGAAGUUCAGACAUCGUGUCAGAACAAACACGUAAAUGAAGAUACUUUACUGAGGUUAAAAACUAAGAAAAACUGUCCUACUAACCGUAUAAAAUUCAGAACACGAAAGGAACUGUCGCAAGUUUUAAACUUGCCUCGAGGUCAAGAAUGUCAAAAAAUCUCGCUGACCUAAGAUCACAUAAAUUUAAGAGUCUUUAAAUAAAAGGAAAUAUAGGUUAAGUUUCGUCAAAAUAGUCGGUUGUUCUUGAUGAUAACAUAAAACCCGCACGAUGUGUUUUCAUUGUGAAUUAAACGGAUGAGAAAACAAACUGGUAUUUUAUGUGAUACCGCAAACAAACUUGUCGAGUUGUUUUGGUUUCCGACUGAAAGAGAUUAUUCCUUUGGUAUUUUUAUAUUUCCCACAAUCGUCUUUUCAGAAGUUAAGAAGGAUUAUGCUCGUAAAUAAAAAUAUUUUUAACACGCGGCGGAUCUAUUACCGCUUAAAAAGGACGGAAUUUAUCGAGCGGCCUUAUUGAGAACAUAUACCAGGCCGCCGUUGACAAGUUACUUCAGUUGCUUAAUCACGGACCACAAGCGCUCUCUUUAGCUACACUGAUCACGCGUGUUUAAUAAUAGCCGGGAACUCGAAAACUACCGAACGUUUCUCCGGAUUUAUAUACUUCACAUGUACUGUACAAAUUGGA